CAAUCAAGCUAGCCACUGCACUGAAGCAUCUCCAUGAAGAAUGCUCUCCUCACAUAGUGCACAGUGACAUCAAAGGAAGCAACAUUCUGUUAGACGAUGAGUACGAGCCGAAGUUGGGAGAUUUCGGAAUCUCGCUAAACGGGGCGCCAUAUAAAGCUGUUGGAGCGAGCAAGCAGUACUCAGCGCCGGAGUGUAAGCCGAAUUCGGCUUUGGACGUGAAGGCUGAUGUUUACAGCUAUGGAGUCCUUGUUCUUGAGAUUUGCAGGGGAAGAAUGCCAAAAGAUACUGCGGAAGGUUUUGUGAGUGAGGUGAGUGAGAUGGAGUCAGAGGAUCGGUUGCUUGAGGCUGCAGAUGAGCGUCUGGGUGGUGGUUUUAAUCCGGAGGAGAUGAUGAAGCUGUUGAAAGUGGGCUUGGCUUGCACCGUUGUGGACAGAGAGAGGAGGCCUACAAUGGCGUGGGUAUUGAAAGUACUCAAUGGGGAGGUGGAACUGGAGGAGAUGCAGAAGAGGGAAGCAGAGAUGGUGGAGAGUGUUGAACGGCGUGAAGAGGCCGCCGUCGUAUCAGGGUUAAGCGGAAGCACUGACAGCAAGGGAAAGGCCAAGGUUGUCCAGUAA